AUGCGUGUCCCGACCGUCGCGACCGACUCUCACUCGCCAGAGUCGGACCCCACGAGCCUGGACUCGAUCAACGCCAAACCCACAACAGGAGCAACCGGAACAGCUGCAGGUACCACCGGUGGCGCCACCCCCUCAGAACGGCAACAAUGCUGGGAGUGCCGACGCCGGAGACUGGUGUGUGACGGCGCCCAGCCCGUGUGCAGCAAGUGCCGGGCCGCGGGGAUCGUGUGUCCCGGGUAUGCCGACAAGAAGCCCCUGACGUGGCUGGCCCCGGGCCAGGUGAUGUCACGCACGCGGCGGAAGAAGAGUCCCGCUGGGAGGGCAAACCCUAAAUCUCAGCAGUCUCGCGGGGCGGUGGAUCGAAAAGUCACCGUGACGCAGAGACCGAAGGCACGCAACAACGGAACUACAGGACGAGCUGCGGAGAAUGAGGGCCAGGUGCAGGACGAAGGGUGGUUUGGCCGGCCUGUGGAUCUGCGGCCUGAGGUGGUGGAUGUCUUUGAGGCCAUGAUGUACUACAACUUGCACAUCUACCCGCAGAUCGAGCAGUCGCUGCUCGGCCCCAGCGGCUUUCUGGUCCCCAUGGUCCUGCUCGAGGGCGUGCCCCCUUCCAUAACCCACACGCUAGUCUCUGUCGUCAUCAGCCACCGCAUCAUCCAGACGGCUGACGACCCGACCACGUGCCAGAUGGUUAAACCGCUGUGGACGCGGCUGUACCGGCAUCGGGACAUCGCCGUGCGCGAGAUUACCCGGUUGAUUGGGAAUGAGAAGACGCGGACGCAUGCGGUGACUAUCACGGCGGUGUAUGCGCUGUUGUUUGCUAUGCUGCAACAGUCGUUUACGCCGUGCUGGCGCACGCAUAUCGAGGCAUAUGUCAACCUGCUGCGGUCCUGGGGCAGUUUUAGUGAUAUCAUCCGCGACGUGCCCUACAUGCAGCUCAGCCUGAUGGCCUUGUUUAUAGCCAACAUCUUCGCCAACAGCACCAGCCCCCGCGACGACCAGUUCCACAGCACCAGCACCGCCGAGACCCUCCGCCUGAUCCAGGCCUACUACAGCGAGAUGUACUACCCCUCCGUCGCGUGCCCCACGCCCCUCUUCACCGAGAUCGUGCUCAUCAGCGACCUGCGCACCGGAGCCCCCUCCCCGCAGACCACCCGCGCUGCCCAGCGCAUCCUCGCCCGUGUCCAGGCCUUUGACGCCCAGGCCUGGGGCGAGUCCCACGAGACCUUCCGCGACGAGUGGGUUCUCCUAGGGGGUCUGUACCGCGAGGCCGUGGCGUUGUACGCCAUUCUGGGAUUCCAAUCGUCCGGCGCGUUUCCCGGCGGGGAGUACGUCCCUCGACCCCGCGCCUCCCACGCCCGCCGCCUCUUCGCCCUCCUCGAAGAAGCCGUGCACGUCCCGCGGGUGAAAAAACGCAUGACCUGGCCGCUGGUUGUCGCUGGCGUCGAGGCGGCGCGGGCGGGAAGAGAGGUGCAGCGGUGGAUUAGUAGUCGGUUGGAUGAGUUGAGUCGGGAUCAGGGCGGGGCGACGCCUCGCGUGGGGAAGGCGGUUUUGGAGAGGUAUUGGGCGAAGGGGGGAGAGGGGGGGUGGGAUGGGUGUUUUGUUGAGCCGCUGUGUUUGAUUAUUUGA